GCUCGACAAUGGCAACAACGAUACGUUUGACUUCAUCCGUGGUGCGGGGACUCCGCGCUCGUCGUUCUCCAACGAUAAGCCGUCAACAACAACGAUUUAAUUCUACGAAUUCUGGAUCUAUCGGUCAGGUCCCUUUCUGGACUACUAACAAGGUGUUGCUGCUGAGUGCGUUCACCGGAGCACUGGCGUAUACAUACGGAAUCUAUGAUGCUGGAGCAACUUAUAAGAAAGAUGGGGUAAACGCUUCUCAAGUACCGGUUUAUGCGAAGAAGGCAGAGUGGGAGAAGGUGAUUAACUUGUCUAUGAUACAUCUAUUGCGAACCCCUUACGGUGGUUUCUGUGUCGACUUCGCCUUCAUGGACAAAAUCCUCGCCUUGCAUGAUGAAGAUUUGGAUGUAGUGGUCCAACCCUCAAUAGGCUGGAUGAAAUUGAACGAAGAUAUCAAGGACUCUGGUUUAUUCUUUCCAGGUAACGCCCCAAUAUUCGAGAGACUCGACUCCGCUGACCAGAGAUCAANNGUUGACCCGGGUCCGUCAGCCAUGAUUGGGGGUAUGACUGGUACGAAUUGUUCAGGUACAAACGCCGUGCGCUACGGCACCAUGAAGGAUAAUGUCCUCAAUCUAACAGUCGUCCUCGCCGACGGAACGAUCAUCAAGACAAAGCGAAGGCCUAGAAAGUCUUCUGCCGGCUACAACUUGACGGGAAUGUUUGUUGGCUCCGAAGGCACCCUUGGUAUCGUGACAGAAAUCACGCUCAAGCUCCAAGUCAUCCCUCAGGAAACAAGCGUGGCAGUGGUCACCUUCCCCACCAUCCGUGACGCAGCCAGUGCAGCCUCUCGAGUCAUCAAAGCUGGUGUCCCAAUUGGCGCAAUGGAGAUCAUGGACGAGGUCCAGAUGAGCGUGGUCAACAAGUCAAAGUCAACGAAGAAGAUCUGGCGCGAAGUACCCACCAUGUUCUUCAAGUUCUCGGGCACAAAAGCAGGAGUAAGAGAGAACAUUGAUUUGGUCAAGAAACUCUCGAAACAAUGCAAGUCCAUCGAUUUCGAAUUUACUGCCGACCCAGAGGAGCAAAAGAAACUUUGGUCGGCAAGAAAGGAAUCUUUGUGGUCCAUGUUGGCGUUGAGGAAGGGGGAUGAGGAAGUCUGGUCAACCGAUGUUGCUGUUCCUGUGUCAAGACUGGCUGAUAUCAUCGAAGUCUCGAAGCGCGAGAUGGAUGAAUUGGGCCUCUUUGCGUCUGUUCUUGGUCACGUCGGUGACGGCAACUUCCACGAGUCCAUCAUGUAUGAUGGCAAGAAUCCAGAAGAAAAGAAGAGGGUCGAAGAAUGUGUGACGAGGAUGGUAGAUAGAGCGUUAGAGAUGGAAGGAACGUGCACCGGUGAACACGGCAUUGGAUUGGGAAAGAAGAAUUCGCUGGUCAAAGAGCUGGGAUUGGACACUAUCGGUGUGAUGCAGAGGGUCAAGCUUGCAUUGGAUCCGCAUUGGUUGAUGAACCCAGGAAAGGUAUUCGAUCAUCCAGCCGAGACCAAUCCAAAAGGCAAA